AUGCUACUGCGGCAUAUGCAGAUUGAUUAUCAUACACGCCGGGGGGAGAGAAAGGCAACACUCUUGGCACAGACUGAUCUACCGACUGACAAAAAGGGGCAGCAACCGCUGCAGGUCCUGCGCGCAACGGAGGGACCACCUUUACUAAAUCGUGGCUUUGAUUGGGACGGCAUUUUUGGUAAUGCAAAGAUCCUAGGGAAGAUUGAGUCAAUGGUAUCAGCGAGGAAUGAAGGUAUAUACGUAUAUCGUCUCUAA